UUGUCUAUGAAACUUGUUUCUUUUUCAGAAAUGCUAUUUUUCUUUGCAAUCUUUCUCUCAAUUGUGCCAGCUUUUGGCCGAGAGCAUCACUUUUCAAUGGCUGGAGAUAUGCGGCCCGAAUUCGAUCUAACAACCUUUGGUUUUACUAGUCCUGGUUUCCUUUUUGUGAAUAUAUCAAAUCUAAAAUUCUCGACAAGUUUAAACGAAACAGGUGUUAUCGGAUUCACUCUCGAUAGAACUGAUAGCGCAGGUAUCGCUCCAUACAUAGAGAACAGACAAGACGAUCAAUGUAUCCUCCAGGAAAGUUCGGGCAAGACGUCUGCUUUUAAAUCAGAUGUCGUUGCAAUGGUUCUAAACUUUACCGAAUUGUCAUUACACUUAACAAGACACGGAGAAAAAAUAGCGGAGCUCUCUUUUUAUGAGUCUCUUGAAGAUUUGUUUAACAAUCAUUCAAUGGAGUUCAGACCAAAAUCAACUGCUCCAAUGGUUCCGCCUAAAUUCGUAAUUCGAGACGAUAUCCUCAGUGCGGAAAACACAACGAAUUCUUCAAUUGGGCAGAUUAGAAAGUUCGAUUAUAAUCCAAAAAAGUUGGAUAGAGUUCCAGUCUCGAAGACAAAAAGUUCCGACGGUGAAAUAACUUAUAGUUUUAAAUUUGUCAUGUACGUUGCGAAUAAAACGCAAUCAGGGCUUUAUAAUCUCUUUUUCCACAACUGUGAAAACAUAAAAUCACCUAGCAUCGGAGUCAGUUUUGAUGUGAUCAUAAUCGAAAAAAACGGGGGCAAUUUUUUGACAGCAUUUGAAAUAUAUCUUCCUACUAUUUAUCUGGCUUUUUCAACAAUAUAUUUCUGCUGCUGCAUUGUUUGGAUGAUGGUUCUCCGUAAAGGCGAAAACGGAUCAGUACAGAAGAUCCACUACUUGAUGUUGCUUCUUGUAGCCGUCAAAUCUCUUUCGCUCUUUGUUCACUCCGUGGACUACCACUUCAUCAACAUUACGGGCCAGUCGCACAACACUUGGGCUGUGUUGUACUACAUUACCUACGUCAUACGAGGGCUGCUUUUCUUCACCGUUCUUGUUCUCAUCGGAAGUGGUUGGCAGUUGAUGAAGCACGUGUUUUCUACCAAUGAGAAACGGCUGUUCGUCUUAGUUAUCUCAUUGCAAGUUGUGACCAACAUCGCCUAUGUGCUGAAGGAAAACACAGAAGAAGGAGCCCAGAAGCACGAGUUGUGGCAGCAGAUUUUCAUCCUAGUCGACCUUGUGUGCUGUGGCGCUGUGCUGUUUCCCAUAGUAUGGUCUAUAAGACACCUACAGGAAGCAACCAAAGUUGAUGGAAAGGGAACAGCAAAUCUGGUGAAGUUACGCCUGUUUCGCCGAUUCUACAUCACCAUUGUGUGCUACAUCUACUUCACGCGAAUAGUAGUAUACCUGCUGAGAAUCCUGGUCAACUUCCAGUACCGAUGGCUGGACGCAGUUUCCACUGAAGCAGCAACUCUGGCUUUCUUCAUUUUCACCGCCUACACCUUCCACCCUGACCUGCAAAAUCCCUAUAUAAGGUUGUCUCAGCAGGAGGAAGAUUCUGAUUCUGAAGAUCAGAUUAAACUUCGAAAUAUGGGCAGUAAUUCAGUGGAGCAUGGAAACGAAGUGGCUGAGAUCGUCUCGGAGGGAGAUCGCGAGAGUCCGAGAGAACCCGGUUCGCCGAACCCCAACUGGAGUGCAAAUAUUCGAAGAAAGUUGAAUAAUCCGAUGUCUCCUAAACAAAGCAACAUGCAGAAAACCAUUGUCUAGUUUUAUAAAAUGGUAAUAACUUAAGGCUUAAUAUUAUGAGAUGUGAAUAAACAAGGUUAUUGCUUAUUUUAUCUCUCUUGUAGAUUUAUUUUGAUAGCUGACAAUACAAUUGUGGAAAUAUAAAUUGGGAUCUGUAGUAGCACAAUGGAAUUUAAUUGCAUUUCUAAUUC